AUGGGGCUCAGUGAUCAGGAGUGGCAGAAGGUCCUGACCGUCUGGGGAAAGGUGGAGUCUGACCUCCCCGGCCAUGGGCAUGAAAUUUUAAUGAGACUCUUUAAGGACCACCCUGAGACCCUGGAUCGCUUUGAAAAGUUUAAAGGCCUGAAGACCCCUGAUGAGAUGAAGGCCUCUGAACAAAUGAAGAACCACGGAGCUACCGUCCUUACCCAGCUGGGCAAAAUCUUGAAGCAGAAGGGUAAUCACGAGGCAGAGUUGAAGCCCUUGGCUCAAACCCAUGCGACCAAGCACAAAAUCCCUGUCAAAUACCUGGAGUUCAUUUCUGAAGUCAUUAUCAAGGUCAUUGCUGAAAAACACGCUGCUGACUUUGGGGCAGAUGCCCAGGCUGCGAUGAAGAAGGCCCUGGAGCUGUUCCGGAAUGACAUGGCAAGCAAGUACAAGGAGUUCGGUUUCCAGGGUUAG